AUGGGCAAGCUCAAAUACCCCUACGUCUGGCUUUUCUGCGCUUUUGCCGCGUUAGGUGCCUGUCAAUAUGGCUAUGAUGGUGUCUACUUCUCUGGCAUUCAAGCCAUGUCAACCUUCGUUCAGCAUUUCGGCACUCGCCAAGCAGAUGGAACAUAUGUGAUAUCGGCUUCCGAUCUCUCGAUCAUGAGCUCAAUGAUCAAUGUUGGUGAAUUGGUGGGCUCCUUGAGUGCUGCACCCCUGAACGACUUCUUUGGCCGGAAGGGGGCGUUCCUCCUGAGCGCGAUAACAGCAAUCAUUGGUACUGUCCUACAAGUCAUUACAGACCAUGAUAAAGGCCUCAUUAUUGGAGGCCGUAUCAUUCUUGGUCUAGGCGUCGGUAUCUUUUCAUCCACGAGUCCGCUAUACAUUGCAGAGGUUGCGCCAACGGAGAUCCGCGGCCCUUUGCUUGGUUGUUGGCAGCUCACACUGUCAGUAUCUCAGCUAAUAGCUGCUGUCAUAAAUCGCGGCACCGAGUCUUUGACUACGACUGCUUCUUACCGCAUCCCCACCGCCGUUCAGCUCAUCUUCCCACUACUCGUAUUGGUAUUCCUCUACUGGGUACCAGAGUCACCACGUUGGUUAUUGCGUCUCUCCAAGGACGAGAAAUGCAGCGCUGCACUUCGACUCUUGUACAAGGAUGAUAAGGCGUAUGAACCGGACGCGGACAUGAUGACCAUUCGUGGCAGUCUUUCAGCCGAAGCUGAGCAGUCGGCCGAAUCGAGCUGGUCAGGCCUAAUCAAGGACCCUGUCGAAAGACGCAAAGUCAUUUACAGCGCUGGUGCCCUGGUAGCGCAGCAGAUCAACGGCAUACAAUGGUUUUACUAUUUCGGUACUGUGUUCAGUCAAGCCAUUGGACUUGAGGAUCCUUUCUUGAUGAACAUCAUUGUUUUCACGAUUCAGAUCGUUACAGUUUUGGCUGCAGUCGUUUGCGCAAACAAGAUUCCAAGGCGGCCGUUACUACUAACUACAACGUUGAUCAUGACGGCCAGUAUUUUUAUUGUCGGCUGUCUUGGCAUUCCUGGUGGUGAUGUGAGUUCAACGUUCGGCAAGGUGAUCAUUAGCUUUGUGAUCAUCGAGAUCACGGCUUUCAACUUCGCGUGGGGACCUCUGGGUUGGACCAUCGCUUCUGAAAUGGCAGUCGGACGCAAUCGCAACAAGAUUUACGCCAUUGCUGUCGCCAGUUUCUGGAUCACAGUGUGGGCGACUGUUUUUACGCUGCCAUACCUUUACUACACGGCAAACCUGGGCCCGAAGACGGGAUUCGUGUAUACUGGCCUAUGCUGCAUCACGCUAGCAUAUGUAUGGUUCUGUGUCGGUGAAGUCACGGGCAGGAGUAUGGAGGAGAUCGAGGGCUUCUUCCGAGAUGGUAUACCAGCAAGACAAUGGCGCAUGCAGCCAAAGUUAGAUGGGAGGCUGCAUGGAAAUUCGAAAGAAAUGCUCGAGGAAAAAGGAGAUGCCAAGGGGUGGGAAGACACUGCAAGAGCUUGA